UGAGGACCUAGGGAUGCAGACCGCUUCACACACUGCAGUAAAGAUCUUUUGGCUGACCCUCCCUUGCUGAGGCUGGGGCUGAACCCAUUCUUUCUCCUGCUGCCAGGCUAGAGAAUGACUGUUUCCCCCGGCUGAACACGCAGCACUGGGUGGCCUUGGGGGAUGAACUGGAGCCUACCCCUGGAGGGGGUGGGGCAGGUGGAUAGAGUUUCAGGUUUGUUUAUGCCUCUAGAAGGCACCUUGGGGCCAAGAGUGUGGCGCUCAGCGCAGCAUUGACAUUCAGCAAGACUUGGCCAGGAGAGACCUCAGAUUUCCCUGUCCUGUAGGGGUGUAGAGAGGAUUGGUUUUACAGUCCCAAGCAGGCCUGGGGUCUGGAGUUUUUUCCGUGGUGUUCUAGGAGGGGUGCACUGUGGUCCUCAGCAAGCACUGGGCCAGCAGUGCACCAGCCGGUGCACAGGCCAGGGCAGGCCUGAGGUCUGCCAGGGCCACAGGACACUGUUCUUUUCAGCAGGGUCAGUGCUAUUAAUAUCAGGAAAGUGCACAGCCCCCAGCCGGGUGAUCCUCUUAAUGCCCGUGGCCUCAGCCUCUGAGGCCGGCAGUGAGUGCUGUUCCUUCCACACGGGAGGCUCUUCGGACCCAACCCCAGCUCCUCACCUGCAGCACUUCCUGCCCACACAUGGAGGGACAGUUCAGGUGUCUCCUGAGCUGUCCAAGGGGGCCACUGUGGGUCUAAGUGGCCCUGUGGAGAUGCUCCUGCACACACCUGGGAUCACUCUGCUGUCCACUGUCCCCUGUGUCCCAGCCAUGAGCAGCCCCCCAGCUUACCCUGGCAUCAGGAUCUCGGGAUGCUGGGCCCUCGGAGCAGAAGGCAGCAAUGCGGAGUCCUUGGACAGGCUCCUCCCAGCCGUGGGCACCGGGCGCUCGCCCCGGAAGCGCACCACCAGCCAGUGCAAGUCUGAGCCGCCCCUGCUGCGCACCAGCAAGCGCACCAUCUACACAGCCGGGCGGCCGCCCUGGUACAACGAGCACGGCACGCAGUCCAAGGAGGCCUUCGCCAUCGGCCUGGGAGGCGGCAGCGCCUCCGGGAAGACGACCGUGGCCAGGAUGAUCAUCGAGGCCCUGGACGUGCCCUGGGUGGUCUUGCUGUCCAUGGACUCCUUCUACAAGGUGCUCACCACGCAGCAGCAGGAGCAGGCUGCCCGCAACAACUUCAACUUUGACCAUCCAGACGCCUUUGACUUUGACCUCAUUGUGUCCACCCUCAAGAAGCUGAAGCAGGGCAAGAGUGUCAAGGUUCCCGUGUACGACUUCACCACCCACAGCCGGAAGAAAGACUGGAAAACGCUCUACGGUGCAAACGUCAUCAUCUUCGAGGGCAUCAUGGCCUUUGCUGACAAGACACUGCUGGAGCUCCUGGACAUGAAGAUCUUUGUGGACACAGACUCUGACAUCCGCCUCGUGCGGCGGCUGCGUCGGGACAUCAGCGAGCGAGGCCGAGACAUCGAGGGCGUCAUCAAGCAGUACAACAAGUUCGUCAAACCUGCCUUCGACCAGUACAUCCAGCCCACCAUGCGUGUGGCAGACAUCGUGGUGCCCUGGGGGAGCGGGAACACAGUGGCCAUCGACUUGAUCGUGCAGCACAUGCACAGCCAGCUGGAGGAGAGGAAGCUGCGCUGGGAUAUGGCCGCACUGGCCUCGGCGCACCAGUGCCACCCUCUGCCUCAGACGCUGAGUGUCCUCGAGAGCACGCCGCAGGUGCGAGGCAUGCACACCAUCAUCAGGGACAAGGAGACCAGCCGUGACGAAUUCAUCUUCUACUCCAAGCGGUUGAUGCGGCUGCUCAUUGAGCAUGCGCUCUCCUUCCUGCCCUUCCAGGACUGCGUCGUGCAGACCCCGCAGGGGCAGGACUACGCGGGCAAGUGCUAUGCGGGGAAGCAGAUCACUGGCGUGUCCAUCCUGCGGGCCGGUGAGACGAUGGAGCCCGCGCUGCGGGCCGUGUGCAAAGACGUGCGCAUAGGCACUAUCCUCAUCCAGACCAACCAGCUCACUGGGGAGCCCGAGCUCCACUACCUGCGGCUGCCCAAGGACAUUAGUGACGACCAUGUCAUCCUGAUGGACUGCACCGUGUCCACGGGCGCUGCAGCCAUGAUGGCCGUGCGGGUGCUCUUGGACCACGACGUGCCGGAGGACAAGAUCUUCUUGCUGUCGCUGCUCAUGGCGGAGAUGGGUGUUCACUCGGUGGCGUAUGCUUUCCCGCAAGUGAGGAUCCUCACCACAGCUGUGGACAAGCGCGUCAAUGACCUCUUCCGCAUCAUCCCUGGCAUCGGGAACUUCGGUGACCGCUACUUCGGGACCGACGCUGUUCCUGACGGCAGUGAUGAGGAAGAGUGGCCUCCACGAGCGAGCCUGAGCGAGCCUGAGCGAGCCUGAGCCCUCCUGCCCUCGCCCCCACCCAGCCUCUUCCCGCCUCGCGUGGCCUUGCUUACAGAGAUGUCGUAACUUAUUUCAGUUUAAAAAAAGACGUUACCGCUGUAACUCACUCUGUACGUUUUAUAAAAUAAAGUUCAGGGAAAUGAA